AAGGAUGAAUAUGCAGCCCCCAGAUUCAGGUAGCCUCUCUGGCCUCCAGGAUUCCCUGCAGGAAGAUGCUGAUACUGCUGGUGCGUCUCCUGGCAUCGCAGACACCUGGCACAUCAGCCCACCUUUCCCGUCUCUCAGUUCCACGACAGCAGGCACGGCAUUUUGCACACGCACGUGACUCGCCUGGAUGCCCCUGUGCUGGCGUUGGCAUGACUGGGCAAAGCCUCCUCUUCCUCACCGCCCUGGCGCUGGGGCUCGUUGGGGUGGCCCAGGGGGCCCAGCCGGCCCUGCUGGGCCGGGAGGCGGCCGCGGCAGCUUGUCGUCUGGAUGACAACGAGAGCGAAUCUUGGGGGGCCCUGCUGGGUGCCGAGCGGCUGGAUGCCUGGAUUUGCUCCCUCCUAGGCUCACUUAUGGUGGGGCUCAGCGGGGUCUUCCCUCUGCUGGUCAUUCCCCUGGAGACGGGCGCUGCCCUCCGCUCUGAAGCCGGAUCCCACCGUCUGAAGCAGCUGCUGAGUUUUGCCCUGGGAGGGCUUCUGGGGAAUGUGUUUCUGCAUCUGCUUCCAGAGGCCUGGGCCUACACCUGUAGUGCCACCACCGGUGGGGGAGGGCAGAGCCUUCAGCAGCAACAGCUCCUGGGGCUUUGGGUCAUUGCUGGCUUCCUGACCUUCCUGGGGCUGGAGAAGAUGUUCUUAGACAGCAGAGAGAAGGAUCGCCCCAGCCAGGCCCCCAUCAAAGACCCGGCUGCUGCCGUGCGCAAUGGAGGCCGCUGCCUGGCCCUGCCGGCUGCAGUAGCAGGCCUGAGCGUUGAGGUCCAGAAAAUCAAAAUCAGUGGCUAUCUCAAUCUGCUGGCAAACACCAUUGACAACUUCACACAUGGGCUAGCUGUAGCUGCCAGCUUCCUAGUGAGUAAGAAGAUUGGGCUUCUGACUACCAUGGCCAUCCUCCUCCAUGAGAUCCCUCAUGAGGUAGGCGACUUUGCAAUCCUGCUCCGGGCUGGCUUUGACCGAUGGAGCGCAGCCAAGCUGCAGCUCUGGACGGCGCUGGGGGGCAUCCUGGGGGCCUGCUUUGCCAUCUGUGCCCAGUCACCCAAGGGAGCAGGGGAGACCAUUGCCUGGAUCCUCCCCUUCACCUCAGGGGGCUUUCUCUACAUCGCUCUGGUCAACGUUCUGCCGGACCUCUUGGAGGAAGAGAACCCUUGGAAUUCCUUACAGCAGGUGCUGUUACUGUUCACGGGCAUUGUGAUGAUGGUGCUUUUCUCCCUCCUGGCUGAGUGACAUCCCUGUGGAUACCCUCAGCCCCUCCGGCAAUAAGAGACUCCUUUUAGUCCUGUGACCUCGUGUGUGUGUGUGUGUGUGUGUGUGCACACGUGUGUGUGUGUGUGCACACGUGUGUGUGUGUGCGCACGCGCACUUGGAGACAGCAUGCCUGGGAGGGGUGUGCGGGAGUCGCCUGGGGGUGCGAACUCUCCGAGCCUGGUGCCUCUGUCCCUCUGGACCCCACUCUGGCAGCCAGCUCUCAUGUUGGUCUCUGGAAAAUAAGCUUUGAGGAGCAGCGGGAGUGGCUGUGUGUGGGUGUGGGUGUGUGAGGGGCUUUGAGGAGGGGACACAGAGAGGACAGCCAGGACUUAGAGUUCCAGAGGUGAACUCAGGACUGGGGAAACUGGGAGGAGGGGCUCUGGACUCUGCCCGGAUGCCCGGGCCCUAAGUGAUGAGUGGGGCUGCCCUGGCUUCUUCCCCCCUUGUUCUCCUCAUCUUCACUGCUGCCCUGUUCCCCAAGCCGAGGGAGAAGGGAGACCCACCCAAUGACCCAAUGCCCACGGGAAGGUACAAAGUCAGUGAUGGUGUCAGUCCCCACUCGCCUGGCCCAGGCCAUCCAUCCCUGACCCCUCUGCUCCGCCUGGGAGCCGAGGAGCAGGAGAAGCCAUGGUUUGACCGUGUGUGUGGGACGGACGGUCCUGGGCAGCUGGGGCCUUUCUGGGCUCCUGCCUUUACUGCUCAGCUGGAGGCCCUGCUCUACUCGGGGACUCUCCCCUCCUGCUACCAAAGGAAGUAUUUACUCAGCACCAAGUGCUGGAGAGAAAGCCAGUCCCCACCCGGCUGCCCAGCUCCUCCCCCAGCGGGGGACCGGGACCUUCUAGUAGCUUCAUUAGGAGGGCGGGGAGGAUGCCGGGAAGAUGUGCUCAGUACCCAGGAAUGGGGGCCAGGAGCCUGGGCCAGAGGCCCUGCUUCAGGGUUAGGUCUGGAGCCUUGUCGCCCCCCAGAGGACAAUCGAAGAAGUGGCUGCAGAGACAUCUGUUUGGUUUUACAACAGAAAUCUGUAAAAUUACCUAUUCCAUAGAUGAGAUGCAAAUAAAUCUUAUUUUAUCCUGA